CCCGAUCCUUCGUGUUCGGUAUCCGACGACGGCCUGUCAUCACUCAACCGCCGCGGCGAAAGGUAGGACUGGCGUCACGACCGCGCAGCACUUUCAACCACCUGCCACGGCGCACUUCGUUCGAUCCAUAAACCAACCACACACACAGAGAUGAAGUCCAAGCACGGCAGCCAAAGCUACCCCCGCAUCGAGUUCACGCAGGACGUGUAUGAAAAGCACUUGGCCAACAUGGAGCGCAUCGCGGCGCUGGCCCUGAAUGGUCGAAGCGGAUGGGACAAAGCGACAGCCACGCCCGCGCACGGAUGGACGCUCUUGACCGACACCAUGGGGUGGGAAGUCCUGUCGCUGAAAGCGCAAUGCCCCAGCGUCCACGAGUACCUGUGCCUCGGCACCCUGCGCACGUCGCUCGCGGCGCUCCAGGAAGCCUUUUACGUCAAAAACACGUACGAGUUUCGCGCAUUGAGCGCGGUCUUGUAUGAAGACGCGAUUGCAGACGCCGCGCUGCUCAACAUCACGCAUCGCCGCACGUCGGACGACUUGGGCCAAUUCUUCGGCGUCAAGUACUUGAGGCUGCUUGUGCAAGUAAUGAACGAAGAGGACCAGGAACAAGAGUACAUUUACCUCGAGUUUUCAGGCACGAGGAUGGACUCUCGAGGACGCAAGACUUGGUUUGUCGUGACAGAACCAGUCGCGAUCAAGUCCAAGGCCGACGCGAAGUCGUCCAUGUCGUCGACAACGUGCCGAGGGUCCCAAGACAGCGACGUCAGUGGGCUCUCGUUCGGCGAGCGCUGCUCGUGCGUCAAGCUGUAUCGAGAAGUAUCGGACGGGAACGUGGAAGUGACGGUGCGGACCAAGCUCGAAGCUGGCAGCUCCUUCUUCAAGACCGCGAUGGGCGCCGGGUCGCACCACCACCACCACCAUCAUCAGAGUGCCAACUUGUCGGGAUCUGUGGCAUCCAUGGCAAAGCGGGCCGGUCCGUUGGUCUUUUGGAAGUCCAUGGGCAUGUUCAUCCCGAGUGGCCUCGCCAAGGACUUGCUGUGUUUGAGUCGAUCGGGGUAUGCCCCCGAGGCGAGAAGAUUGACGACGGGAGUUUUUGCCAAGGCUUGGGAGCAUGGCAGCAAGUGCAAGGUUUGUUUCAAGUCGUUCAACCUCUUGCGACGCAAGCACCACUGCCGGCGCUGUGGACUGUCCAUGUGCAGCACGUGCACGGUCAAUCUGUACUGCGUCGACCGGCCAACUAAGUCUCGCAGCAACCAAGCGCUGGCCGUCGAAAAGUUUUGCAAGUCGUGUUUAGUCCAAGCCAAGAUUGACUCGAUGCGGCAUCGCGAUGUGGAUGCGGGCAGUAGCCGAAUCUCGGACGACUCAAGCAGCAGCGCCGUCAACAGCAGCGACGCCAACCAUCGGAUCGCGUACUUGCACUCUCCAGCGUGCAAUGCCAACGGCGACCACUUUUUCCUGAGCGAUUUGGUGAGCAACAGCUCGCUGUCCCUCAGCCACACGAGCGACCCGGCAGUAGCUUACGACUACACGUUGGAAGUGGACUCUGGUCCGUUCAAGCCGCCAGUGUACACGCCGUCUGCCGCGUCCACAACGAGUACACGAUACGCCCCCGCCUUCCCGAUGGUGUCGAAAGACUUGGCCGAUUAUUACGACUUGCCUGUCCAUCGCCAUGCGCCGCAAGUCCCGCCGCAACCAACCGACCAUUAUAAACACAUCCCGUCCGACCGUCAUGCUGCGCAGGGCCACCCACUGGCCCGAGGUAUCCACAGUCAGGACAGCGCGCCUGUUGUAGACGCUCCCAAGGCGCAGUACACCCACGUUCCGCGACCUCAGCCGUCCCAACCUCAACAUCGCUUCCAUCCCGCAUCGGACGACUUGAGCAGCUCCCAGUUCCACAUGGUUAAAUUGGUCCCGACAGACGGCCAUACGGACCCGGAAACGACGAUGGGUCGCCACGUGGACUAUCUAGUUGGGCAGUCGUCUAAAGAACCGACCACAGAGCAGCCCCGCCAUCAUCGACACAACCGCCCCCCGAUGUCUACGCGUCAGCAGCGGUAUUGAAGCUGUUCGUGGUUUUCAAUCCGUUCCUUGUCCGCAUGCCGUUUUAUCUGAAUAAAUGUAUGGUCGUGUUCACUGUUUGCCC